AUGCACGGUUCCCUCCUGAAACUUGCUCUAUUGAGCUUCAGUCUCGGUAGUUCUGCAGCUGUCCUACCCAGGGACACAGGUCGAACCAGUGCGCCAUCUGGAUGUUCUACGGUAGGCACGUCUGGCGAUUAUUCAACCAUCGGCGAUGCUCUCACUGCUCUAGGCUCAUCGACGGCGGACGCAUGUAUUUACAUUGCCGCUGGCACGUACGAGGAGCAGCUGGUUAUUAACUAUGCGGGUCACUUGACAUUAUACGGAGAGACAACAGAUACACAAACCUAUAAGCAGAAUACCGUCACCAUCACUCAUACCAUAUCAUCUCCGGAGGCAGGUUCCCUCGAUAACAGUGCCACUGUCAAUAUCAAGUCGGACUUGGUUUCGGUGUACAAUAUCAAUAUAGCGAAUGGAUAUGGGUCAGGCGCGCAGGCCGUUGCCCUCGUCGCAAAUGCCGACCAACUUGGCUUUUAUGCAUGCCAAUUCACAGGGUAUCAGGAUACUUUGUAUGCCAAAGCCGGCCAUCAGUACUAUAUCAAUUCUCGGAUUGAAGGAGCUGUCGAUUAUAUCUUUGGCGACGCAUCUGCCUGGUUUGAAAAUUGCGAUAUAGUCUCGAAUGGUGCUGGUUACAUCACCGCCAUGUCGCGUGAAACCACUUCGGACACUGCUUGGUAUGCCAUUGACCACUGCAACAUCAAGGCAGCGUCGGGAGUGGAUCUGACUGGCGAUGUAUACCUGGGCCGACCCUGGCGCGUCCUCGCCCGCGUGAUCUAUCAGUACUCAGUCCUACCCGACAUUAUUAACGCCAAAGGUUGGCAUUCUAUGGCGGAUGGUGCGACGCCUCUCUAUUAUGAGUUCAACAAUACUGGUGCUGGAUCCGACACAUCGGACCGAGAGUAUCUAAGUACCAUUGAUGCUCCUGUGACCAAGGAAACAGUUUUAGGAGACGACUAUAAAAAUUGGGUCGAUUUAAGCUAUUAG